AUGGACAAUGGAGCCAGCCUGUCUGGUCUUCCAGGUCUCCUCAUCACGUGCCACACUGUCAAGAUCCAGCUGCCGGAGGGGUUUCGGAAAGAGAUGGUGCGCUAUCUGCGCUCUGUGCAGCUCCCAGAUGGAGGCUGGGGCUUGCAUGUGGAAGACAAAUCGACAGUGUUUGGCACAGCACUCAACUACAUAGCCCUGAGGAUCCUGGGGCUUGGACCAGACGACCCUGACAUUGUGCGGGCCCGUGUCAACCUGCACAGCAAAGGAGGUGCUGUGGGAAUCCCUUCCUGGGGGAAGUUUUGGCUGGCUGUCUUGAACGUUUACAGCUGGGAGGGAAUGAACACGCUUCUCCCAGAGAUGUGGUUGCUUCCUACAUGGUUCCCAGCCCACCCGUCCCGGCUCUGGUGUCACUGCCGCCAGGUUUACCUCCCCAUGAGCUACUGUUACGCCAGGCGUCUGUCAGCAGAAGAGGACGAGCUCAUACGGAGCUUGCGGCAGGAGCUGUACGUGCAAGACUAUGCCAGCAUAGACUGGCCAGCCCAGAGGAACAACGUGGCUGCCUGUGAUGUGUACACCCCACACAGCUGGCUGCUGGGGGUUGCCUAUGCCAUCAUGAAUGUGUACGAAGCCCACCACAGCACCCACCUGCGGCAGCGAGCCAUCACAGAGUUGUACGACCACAUCAAAGCUGAUGAUAGAUUCACCAAGUGCAUCAGCAUUGGGCCGAUUUCCAAGACGAUCAAUAUGCUGGUUCGCUGGUUCGUGGAUGGGAAGAACUCCCCAGCUUUUCAGGAGCAUGUUUCCAGGAUCCCCGACUAUCUCUGGCUGGGCCUCGACGGCAUGAAGAUGCAGGGCACAAACGGAUCCCAGCUCUGGGAUACUACCUUUGCCAUCCAAGCCUUCUUGGAGGCAGAAGCCCAGAAGAUGCCUGAAUUCACGUCCUGCCUCCAAAAUGCCUAUGAGUUCCUCCGAUUCACCCAGAUCCCAGAGAACCCACCCGACUACCAGAAAUAUUAUCGCCAUAUGAACAAGGGUGGCUUCCCCUUCAGCACCCGAGACUGUGGCUGGAUUGUGGCAGACUGCACAGCAGAGGGACUGAAGUCAGUUAUGCUGCUGCAGGAAAAGUGCCCCUUCAUAGCCAAGCUUGUCCCCUCUGAGCGCCUCUUUGAUGCUGUGAAUGUGCUGCUGAGCAUGAGGAACUUGGAUGGAGGCUUUGCCACAUAUGAAACCAAGCGAGGACCACUUACUGGCCACUUACUGGAGCUGCGGAACCCGUCAGAGGUGUUUGGCGACAUCAUGAUUGACUACACCUACGUGGAGUGCACAUCGGCUGUCAUGCAGGCACUGAGACACUUCCAUGACAGGUUCCCUGAGCACAGAGCCCCAGAGAUCAGAGAGACUCUGCAGAAGGGCCUGGACUUCUGUCGCAAGAAGCAGCGAGCCGAUGGGUCAUGGGAAGGGAGCUGGGGGGUUUGUUUCACCUAUGGCACCUGGUUUGGUCUGGAGGCGUUCGCCAGUAUGCAGCACACAUACCGCGAUGGGGCUGCAUGCCAAGAGGUGGCCCAGGCCUGCCAGUUCCUCCUCUCCAAGCAGAUGGCAGAUGGUGGAUGGGGAGAGGACUUUGAGUCAUGCGAGCAGCGCAUGUAUGUGCAGAGUGCCAUGUCGCAGAUCCACAACACAUGUUGGGCCCUGCUGGGACUCAUGGCUGUCAGGUACCCUGACAUUGACGUGCUGGAAAGAGGCAUCAAAGCAUUGAUUGAUAAGCAGCUGCCCAACGGGGACUGGCCUCAGGAGAAUAUUGCUGGGGUAUUCAACAAGUCGUGUGCCAUCAGUUACACUGCGUACCGCAACGUCUUCCCCAUCUGGACGCUAGGGCGUUUCUGCCGACUGCAUCCCAACAGCCCUCUUGCUGGGCAACUGCAAUCCGGAUCCUCGGCUCGGGCGGGGAAGGUGGUGCAGGAGGCCUUGUCUGCCUGAACCUGAGCCAUUGCAGAUACCAUGGCCUCUGACUUGUCUUAGAUAUUGGCUGCUGCCUGGGGCCAUGGGAGUGUUUCCUGCAUAGGAUAUCUCAGUGCUGAUCUUAACACAUGGAUGGAGACCUCUGCCAGGGAGGAGUGCUGCCAUGGUGCUGCAGUCUCUGCUUUCUGUUGAACCUCUUAUAAAAAUCCACUUUUAAAGGUUUUUCCCAAGUGUAUCCUCCCUCAUGGGAUGGGGAGUAAAGUGCCUCUUCAGACCAGUUUGGUGAUCUGAGAAGAGAAAGCUGCCAAGCUGUGUCGUAUCACACAUCUAGACAGACCCUCUCUCAUCCUGGGUAGAGCAAGGCUGCCUUUAUCUUCCCCUUGUCCUGUCCAGGUUGGCUGUCU